GCCGGAUAGAGCCGCACUCAGAAAUGGUGUAGGAUAUCAGGGAAGGAAGACACGAGACACUGAAGCAAAGCGAGAGGACGAGGGUCUAUGUGAUAGGUUUUGGGCAGACCAGCUGUAGACGUGGAUCAAGCCCAGGAGGGUGUAGGGCUGCCAUGGAGAGGGCUCAGGCCUCAGUGGGCUCAGGCUUCAGUGCUCCUGCCCCUAGCAACCCCAUCAUCACGUCCAGCUCCAGCAGCAACAGCACCAGCCAGGGAAUGACCAGUGUCAGCUCCAAUGUCAGUACCAGUGUCAGUGCCAGUGUCAGCGCCAGUGUCAGUGCCAGCAGCAGACCGCAGACUCUGCCACAGAUAUCAGUGUAUGGAGGAAUCCCUGACAGGCAGACAGUACAGGUGAUUCAGCAGGCCCUGCACAGGCAGCCCAGUACUGCAGCUCAGUACUUGCAGCAGAUGUACGCAGCACAGCAACAGCACCUCAUGCUGCAGACCGCCGCCCUCCAGCAACAACACCUGAGUUUAGCUGCGGUUCAACAGGCCAGCAUUGUAGCAGGAAGACAGAACUGCGGUCAGAACGGAGCUACAUCUCAGCAGGCCUUAUCCUCUCAGACCACUAUCAAACUGGCCAGUUCUCCUGCAGCAGCGGCUCAGCUGAUCAACAGAGCCCAGGGGGCAAACACCUCUCCGGUCAGCAUUACCCAGCAGGCCGUGCUACUGGGGAACUCAUCCACCCCCACUCUCACCGCCAGCCAAGCACAGAUGUACCUGCGUGCACAGAUGGCACAGCAAAAUAGCCUUGUGCAAGUAGCUAGGAGCCUAGGCCGUGCUGUUCCUUUGUCCCCUCAGCUCAUACUCGCUCCGACCGCCACAGUCGCUGCUGUCCAGCCUGAAGCGUCGCAGUCUGUGAGCCUCCACUCAACCAGCCCACAGAACCUGGUGUUCUGUAGCCACCAGGGGGCAGUGGCCUCCUCCUCCUCCUCCUCCUCCUCCUCCAGCACCACCUCCACCUCUCAGCCCCAACUACAUGGGCUCAGUGUAAAGCAUUGCAGUGGAGGAGCAACUCAAAUGGCUCUUCCCAGCUUGACAGUGCCUCAGCUUAAGAGUCAGAGUCAGCAGGGAGCGAAGAACAGCCUGGUGGAUGCUUCAUCGGAGCCAGUGAAGACGAGUGAUGGUGUCAGUGAGAUGAGUGCACGUGUGAUCAGCUUGAGCCACAACAUGAGCACAGCAGCCGGUUAUCCCCUCAUCAACACUGCAUAUGCACAAAUUCAAACCCAUCAACUGCUCCAGCAACACAAGCAGCAGUUUGUAAUCCAGCAACAACAAUCCCGGUUGUCUCAGCCCAGCGUCCAGUCCCAAGGCCAAGCUGUACAAACUGUGGCCAUCCAACCUGCUUUAGCAGGCCAACAGUGUGCCAUCCCUGUGCUGCACAAACCACCCGCUCAGCAAGCCGCCAUCUUCCAUUCAACUGUGAGUCCCAGGAUGCUCAAUGGUCAAUCUCCCUUGUUAAAUCCCAGCAAAGUCAAACAGGUACAGCUGACAGCAGUCAACCUCCAGUUCCAGCCUCCAAGAACCCACGUAAGACAGACUUUAGUGACAACGCAGGAUAAUUCCGAGAAGGACACCGCUGUUCCUCCUACAGUAAGAGACGACUGCCUUGGCCAAAGUGAGCAGCAGCUGCUAUCCCAAACAACACCAGAGGCAACUCCCGAACAAUGCUUGUAUGAAAAAAGCCAGCUGACCGUGAACGCAGAAGGCCCAGACACAGCAGUUCCUGUUCCUGCGGCUGCACUGGCGUGUGUGAAUGGUAACCCAGCCAUGACUUCGGGUAGCGGGAACAACGCGCCCACCGUGACUGGAAGCACCCCGCACAACGGCCACAGCAAAACCCCACAAGCCAUCGUCAAGCCCCAGAUCCUCACUCAUGUAAUCGAAGGCUUUGUAAUCCAGGAGGGAGCAGAGCCAUUCCCUGUAGAGCGGCCAUCCUUGCUCCUUGAAAACGUCAAAAAGCAGCAGCAGCAGCAGACUCACUCUGACUUGGAGACGAAGGUUCAGGACACUCACACAGGAGACUCAGAGAUGGAGGAUCUCUCCCAGCAAGAGUUAAAGAAUAGGGAGAAGGAACCAACACUGUCUUGUGAACUGUGCGGGAAAGUCGACUUCGCUUACAACUUCAAGAGGUCAAAGCGAUUCUGUUCUACAGUAUGUGCAAAAAGAUAUAACGUGGGAUGCACAAAGAGAAUGGGUCUUUUUCCAAGACGGCCAACUCCAGAGAACGCCAAGAAACAGAGAGCGUCCAGUGACCAUCAUCAUCAUCACCACAACACUGGUUCAGAGGCCAAAAAACAAAAUCCCAGCACCCAGACAGGCACAGUGGGUGCGACACCUUCCCCACGUCCCUCACAGCUGUGUCAUGGAGAGUCCAGCCAGUGUUCAGACAUGUCAAGUUACGAAGAACCGACAUCUCCAGGGUCCGUAGCCAGCUCUGGCACACAGAGGCCUCGAAAGGAGAGAGGAGCAGAUCGUGUUGAGAACCAUGGCAGGGAGCUGCCCCUCCUCACACAACACCUCAUGCCCAGCGACCCCGUCAAAUGGAAUGUGAAGGAUGUGUAUGAGUUUAUCUGCUCAUUACCAGGCUGCCAGGAGAUAGCCGAGGAGUUCCGUGCUCAGGAGAUUGAUGGCCAGGCCUUGCUGCUACUGAAGGAAGACCAUCUCAUGAGCACCAUGAACAUCAAACUAGGGCCUGCACUGAAAAUUUUUGCCCGAAUCAGUAUGCUCAAAGACUCCUAGCAUUGACUUUGUGGACUGAGUACACCUGAAACUUCUGCACUGAUUUCUCUUCAUAGUCCAUUAUGGUUAUGAAUCCAGAGCCUAUACAGCCCGGACAUUUCUUCUCAGCUUGGUGAAGAGGGAAUGAUUCAGUCUGAUUAGCCUAGUGCUGACCCCAUAGGGGAACAAUCAGCUUGAUGAGAUACAAGCACAACUAUCUAGGCAUUUGCUUUACAUCAUGUUCUUCAUAAGUGGCUGAUUCUGCACACCAGGAAAAGUUAAUGAAAUGGAAAAUUUUUUAUAGGUUUACAUUUCAGGUUUACAUUUUAAAGACGUAUAUUUUUCCCCCUCACGUUUUACAUGCCAAGAACUUGUUCAGGUGCUAAAUAAGUUUAGUUUCUUUAGAUUUGUUUUGAAUAUGAAAACAUACGAACAAUAUCGAAACUGGUCUUGUAGAAAACAGCGAACAAGAUAUAUAAGAAACAAAUAAAUGUCCUCUGUUCAUUGGUUAUAUUUAUAUUGAUACAGCUAGGGUUAGGGUGAUAAAUACAUGAGGGCUCAGGUGUUGAUAAACAUGAAAACUCAUCAAUAUGUGCCUGUCAUGCUUCUAUCCAUCUAUCCCAAAGAUUCAAACAUCAAUCCUUUUGCAUGAGCCAUAUAAUAUUUUAGCAUACAGAUGAACACAUCUGUUGCUCAGUGCUAGAUGAGUAACAGCUGUAUUACACCUUGCGCCAGUCAGGAUACAGGAUCUAACUGAUGUUGAUGUUUUGGACUGUAGCCUAUAAUUCAUGUUUGCAAAGCUGUUUAUUGUAAUUUUCAUAUGA